CACCAGUGUGGGGGUCCAUGGCUGGAACAACUGGAGAUGGUUCUAGCCACAGCCCAGCCUUGAGGGAUCUUGAGCACAGGAUAAAGGUGCUUAGCAAACAUGAGUGAUGAGUGACAAGAGUGCGAGCAUGCAGGGGGGAGGUUGGAUAAACUUGUACACCGUCAGGACUUGUACAGUGUCAGAACUGGACCGUGACGCCCCAUUCCCACCCCUAGGACCCCAUGAGGCUCUCAGCUUUCCUGAGUCUGCUGGCCCUGGUGCUACAGGAGGCACAGCCGGCUUCCCUCCCAAAGGAAAGGAAGAAGAGAGAAGAGUCAAGCCCUGGAGAAGGCGAUGCUUCUGAAGUUCUGCAUGUGGGGGACAUUGGCCCAAGCCGGAAUGACUACCAUGAGGUCAUUGACCUGAGCAGCUACGAGGAGCUCACAGACUAUGGGGACCAGCUCCCUGAGGUUAAGGUGAACAGCCUGACUCCUCCAACCAGGAUGGGUCCCACCCAGAGCACUAUGACUGCAAGGACACCCUCAUCAAAGCCCACCGUGACCAUGCCAACUACAUCAGGUCUGCAGGGUUCCCUGACCAGCCAUGGCCUACCCACCUGCCUGGUCUGUGUGUGCCUCGGUUCUUCUGUGUACUGUGAUGAUGCUGACCUGGAGAACAUUCCUCCUCUUCCCCAGAUGACCACCUACCUGUAUGCCCGCUUCAACCACAUCAGACACAUCAGGGCCAGAGACUUCAAAGGGCUGACAAAACUGAAAAGGAUCGACCUCUCUAGCAACUUCAUCUCUUCCAUCGAUAAUGAUUCCUUCCACCUGCUGCCUGCUCUGCAGGACCUGAUCCUCCCAGAGAACCAGUUGACUGCUCUGCCUGUGCUGCCUCGUGGUCUUGAGGUCCUGGAUGUCCGCCUGAAUCAGCUCCGCAGCUCAGGGAUACAGCCUGAGGCCUUCAGGGCACUAGAGAAACUACAAUUCCUCUACCUGGCAGACAACCUCCUGGAUUCCAUCCCCUGGCCUUUGCCCUUGAGCCUGCGCUCGCUACAUCUGCAGAAUAACGUGAUAGAGACCAUGCCGAGAGACAUCUUCUGCGAUGGAGGGGAGCCCAGGCACACCCGCAGGGAGCUGGAAGACAUCCGUCUGGACAGCAACCCCAUCAACCUGAGCCUCUUCCCCGACGCCUACUUCUGCCUGCCUCGGCUCCCUGUAGGUCGCUUCACUUAA